AUGGGUAUUGAAAAACGUGAGAAUAAUGUUCGAGAUUUGAUUGCUUUUUGGAUUUUUGGUUUGGCAAAUAAUUUUGCCUAUGUAAUUAUGCUUAGUGCUGCUGAUGAUAUUAUUAAAAGUCAGCACAAACAUAAUCCUCAACAUAAUAAUAAAACAAAUAUUUCAAAUCAAUGCAUUGAAAAUAUAGGGAAUCCAAGGUGUGAAAAAUACAUGUCUACUGGUGCUGUCCUUUUAGCAGAUAUUUUGCCUGCAAUGGUUAUUAAAUAUACAAUGCCUUUCUUUAUGAAUCGUAUACCUUUUGGGUAUUUUUUAAAUUUUACUAUGAAUAGUCAAACGUUGUCUCCUUCGAAAUAAAAAGCCUGGAUACUAGAUAAUUUUUGGUCUGGAUAUCAUGGUGUGAAAGUAUCUAGACAGUUUCUAAAGCGGUCCAAGAAAUCACCAUCUUAUUUUAACUUUACUACAUACU